AUGCUCUUUUAUUUAGUUCUACUUUCCAAAUUAUCCCAAUUAAUAUAUUCCCUUAAUUUUUGUGAGAAUACAAUUUCUGCUAAAUUUCGAAUUGUUGGAGGAAUUGAUGUUUUACAAAAAGAUGACUUAACAUGGAUGACUAAAUUGAUUUCUUAUGAAGAAGGAGCGACUGAAGGGAUUAUGUGUGGAGCAACGGUUAUUGAUGAUUAUUGGGUUUUGACUGCGGCACAUUGUGCAAGGUGACAUUCAAUAUUUAUAUAAAUAUGGCAAAUAUUGAUUUCAAACAUCAAAAUUGAUCUGUCUCUCCUCUCCGCUUCAAAAACCAAAAAAAACAAAAAAAAGUGAAAAAAAUAAAAUUAAUUGAAGGACUAGAAAAACUCGGCCAAUUUUCAAGGGCGCUAAUUUAAAAAUAGAUUUUUGUUAUCGUAUUUUUUUCAACUUGGUAAACCAAAAUUCUGGUUCUGAAGAACAUCUGGAAGGUCAUUGACUGAAUGAUACGUGAGACAAGUUGUUUUCAAAGUUGUUUUUUUUUCUUUAAAAAAAUCACAUAGUUUUAGACAACUUCGAACAAAAAGCUACAUUAUAGCCACGAAAGAAUCGGGAAGAGAGCUAACAAUCAAAGUUGUUGAUGCUUUUAUUCAUCCAGGAUAUAGUAAUUAUACAGCAAAAAAUGAUAUUGCACUAUUGAAAGUUUCAUCGAAUUUGAAAUCGAAAGGAAUUUUGCCUGUUUGCUUGUCGGAAAAUGAUGAGAAUCUUCUGAAAAAUUACAACACAGGGAUCGUGACUGGAUUUGGUGUAUCUUUAGGUAAUUUCAAUUUUUCAAAAGUAUUUGGAAACAUAUAAAUAAUUCCAUUUCAGAAAAAUCUGGGAACACAGUUCUUCUGAGCAAUUCAAAUUCGCUCCAACAAACUUCUGUUCCAAUAAUUCCAUCUUCGAAAUGUCAAUCAACUUGGGAUGUUCUAUCAUUUCGUUCCGUCGAAAUCUCUUCAAAUCAACUUUGCGCUGGAAGUUAUAUGCAUGGAACAGCUCCAGGAGAUUCAGGUGGACCAUUAUUGAUUGAGACAUCGGAUAAGAAAUUAAUACAAGUUGGGAUAACAAGUUUCGGAGCUGAUGGUUUGGAUGGAUUGAUUGAUCAGGGAAAAUAUCCAGGUAAAUUCACAAGAUAUUUUUUUUCGGAAAUUUAAAGUUACUUCCAAAUUUCCGAUUUUUUCAAUAAAUUUGAAAAAUCGGAUUUCUGGAGUUGCUUCAAGGGGUUUUCAAAUUCAUCGCUAAAAUUUUUUGACUAUUUACAAAGAAUAAUUCUGAAUAUUUUGAGUAACUUUGAAAAAUGGAUUUCGUUCUUACUGUAAAAAUUUUAUCAAAUUUUAAGUGGAUUUUAAAAAAGAUUCAAUUUUCCUCCUAAAAAAUUAAUUAAUUCGAAAAUUGUUUUCAGGUGUCUACACGCGAGUCUCCCGUUAUAUUCCAUGGAUCGAAAAAAUCAUCAAAAAUUCCAGCUCAUCUCUGCUAUCGUCACAUCUGUUUUUUACAUGUUUUCUGAUUUUUGUUCUGAAUUAUAAAUGA